AGAGCCGCUGCCUGCUGAAAAAGAACUGCGCAGUGCGCAGCCAUAGACAGUUAAAGAGUGCGCAGCACCGUGGCCCCUUAUAAUUCAUCCAUGACUGUGGCACGGUGGAGGGGGCUCUCCACUCCACGGGGCUAAAAACCGCAUAACCUAGACUACCACAUAUAAUCACUAGCUCCUAUCUAUUGUCUUUUUUUUUUUUUUUUUUUACCAACAAACAUGACAGCGACCAUUAUUUCUCCUUUCUUCGAAUACAGAGAAGUGCCUAACAAGAACAGUAAGAUGUUCAACUACAGCAACAACAAUAACAGUCUUGGUGGACCUCAACUGAUGUCUGUCCCAUGCUCCAGUGCCAACUUCUCCUCUUGCACCCCCAUUGAGUCCCUGCUGGACAGGAAGGUGGUGGGGGCCCCCUCUGCAGGAGGCCUGUUCCAACGGCGUCACUCAGUCAGCCUCCCCAGUGCAAAGUUAAGCCAGAACCAGUUUGUCAACAACCUUAAAAGGCAUCCCUCUGUGUUAUUUGGUAGUAGCUGCAGCAACAACAAGGAGAACCAUUUCCGUGAGCGCUCCUACUCAGAGCUGGGGGAUAGGCAGUGUUCCGGCAGUCAGGUGUGUGUGGAUGGAAGCAGCCAAGUCAACCCGAGCCGCUAUAAGACAGAGCUGUGCCGGCCCUUUGAAGAGAAUGGCACCUGUAAAUACGGCGAUAAGUGCCAGUUCGCCCACGGCAUGCAUGAGCUGCGCAGCCUGAGCCGCCACCCAAAGUACAAGACUGAGCUGUGCCGCACCUUCCAUACCGUCGGUUUCUGUCCGUAUGGCCCCCGAUGCAACUUUAUCCACAACGCAGAGGAGCGCCGUGGGCCCCCUCCCCUUUCCGCCUUCAACAAAAUGGAGCGCCCUCGGCUGCAGCACAGCUUCAGCUUUGCCGGCUUCCCCAGUUCCAGCAGCCGGCAGGACAGCCCCACCUCCGUUACACCUCCACCCAUGUUCUCCACCGAAGACCUGACAGAGUGGCAGAGAAACCCCUUUGCUUACUCCAGCCAGGAGCUUGCCAGCCUGUUUGGGCCCAGCUUGGGGCCACCACCUGUGUCUGAGCCUCAGGGUCCGACCCCACCUUCCCCAACCACCUCCUGCUUUUUCCAGCCCACAUCAGAUAGCUCCCCCUGCCAUCCGGGCUCUCUGUCUGACCAGGAGGGCUAUCAGAGUAGCCUUGGCAGUCAGAGUGGCUCUGAGUCCCCGCUCCUGGAUGCCUCCCGUCGCCUCCCCAUUUUCAGCAGGCUCUCUGUCACUGAUGAUUAAGGUGUCUUCUUCCCUGGGCUUGACAUGGGAGUAAUGGAAAGAGAUAGGAAGAUGGAGACAAUUCAUCACCUAACCCCCUUCUCCUCUUAGCCCUGUUAACAGGACAAAUAGACUGCUCUGUGCAUUGUUGUAGCCAGUGAGUCAAAUCAGAAAUCCAGAUCAAGUCUCUUCCAAUAUUAUGAACAGUUGGUAAACCAGAAUCCUAUUCAUGCACAGGCCUUGCACUGGUGCCAUGGUAGAAUGAAUGUGAAUGAUGGUGUAAAGUAGCUCAGAUCAUAUUAUAAAAUAGUUUAAUAUGACUUAUAAUGGACAGUAGGGAGUGGCAGUCAGUGUGUGUGUUCAGUACAUUGUGCAUCUGUGCUGUACAAAGUGUGUUGCAGUGUUGUGUAUAUCGCUACACAGCCAUUAUUAUUAUGACCGCCUGUGCCACAACCUUGACACUUCCUAGAGGCUUGUUACAACUCGGUGUUCAAUUUUUAAAAGAAUCAUCACUAUAAAAUAAACAAGAGAAAGUCAGUAGAAUGUAAGAUUAUAAUAGUGCCUUGGCGUUUAUUCAUGUGAAGCCAACAGUAACAGUAGUUAUUAUCAUUAUUAUUGUCUAGUUUAUUUCCCAAAGCCUUUCGAGUCAGGGCUUUGGCUGUAACUGCUUAUUUAUCAAAAUGUAUUUAUUGCUGAUCUUAAGCAUUUUUAUUUUGUAUUUAUCUGGUUAAUGAAAAAAUAGAAUAUAUAUUUUCUUUCAUGUGAAAUUAUGAUCUUCCGUAUUAAUCGAAAAAAAUACCUUUUUUUUCACAGUUAAUAUAUUAUACUGCAAUUACAUGUUUUGUAACACUUGAUUUAUUUUGAAAGAUAAUCUUAAUUUAAGACACAAAUGUUUAGCAUUUUUUAUUUGUUUGCUCCUCCCACAUGUAUGACUGCAGGUUUGAAGUUCUCUGAUGCAGUCUGAAGGCACAAACUGAAGUGUCAAAGUCAAUGUCCUAGUGCAUGCUAGAGACAAGUGCUGUCUUUUCAGUAGGGGGUUCUGCAGCUGACAUCAAGUUCAAAUGAUGAAAAAAGCUAAUGUAAGUAAUUGCAAACUAAUCAGGUAACUAAGCUAGUGCCAUACAGUUGUUAAGGGUGUGGACAAAGUAUGAAUGCACUCGGGGUGCAGGUGGUGCUGGUUUAACAGAGUUCUUAUGGCCAACUUGCACAGCAUCACAGCUGUUUUUUGUGCCGGCUUCAUCGCGCCUGAUAAUCUGUUGGCUUUCUAGCCUGUGGGUCUGUCUGGAGAUGCUCACCUGUGGCUCUUUUUCCCCCUCCAGUAUCUUUACAUGCAGGGUCUAUUUUUGUCAGAGCAGCUCAUGUCUCUAAAGUGUGAAAUUCACAGUGAAUGUAAAUUAAUCCCCAUAUUUAUUGGCAAUUGUAAUUCAUUUUGAGGCCUUUCUUACCAUGUUGGAAAUUGCACUAAAAUGUUUGGAGAAGA